AUGGGGCUAUCCGUGUUGAUAAUCGUCGAGCUAUCUGCCGAGUUCAGAGGCACCAGGACUAGGAACGUGGCACGUGGCAUGCCAGCCAUAGCCAGCUCCUCAAAUUUUCAGAACAAUCCCGAAAAGGCGAUUGACGGAAACACGACAUCUUCCUCAUCGAAAUGUUUCAUCACGAACAUAUUGAAAAAGUUCGUCAUUGAAGUAUUUUCACACAACCCGGGAAAAUGUCCUGGUGCUGUUGCUGAGAUUUGUUUAAAUUACACUGCCGAUCCACUGGGAGAAGGACAGACAACGACCUUGACCUGUGACAAACCAGCCAGAGGUCGCUUCCUUCGCAUACGAGAAUGGUUUGCAAAAUGGAAGCAGAUGCCAUUAUGUGAAGUUGAAGUAUACCCCGCAGUUGAAAACGGAUGCGAUUAUCCAAAGAGUUUUCCGCGCGUUGAAUCCACUCGUCUGCUAAGUCAACAGUCCGAGUUACUGAAUGACACGACUCUCACGGAAUGUGCAGUGAAGUGUGGCACAAAAAUCACGUGUUUGGCUUUCAACGUGAACGUCAACACUCUGCAGUGUGAGCUGGUCUGUCAUCCAAGUUUUAAUGAUUCCAAGCAAAGUGACCCACAUUGGGAUUACUAUGGGUCUGACUUGUGCUACACUGACGAACGCGUUGAAAACUGUUCAGGUUGUUAAACAAAGACAACAGUUAGAAAGACAUAAUAGUUUAAUUUUUCUUUUUUUAAAAGACUUUCUAGCCACUAAUCUGCGCGUCAUCGAAUAACUGUUUGACACGUAACUUGAGACCUAUACAAGUUCUCCUGUGAGAACUCAUCCAAUA